UUCUGGGUCUCUGAGAAGCCAUGCUUGGGCAGCAGCAAUAGUGUCCAAGGGGCCUGGGCUGCCCCAGAUGCUGAGAAGGAGGACGUCAGAGGGCUGGAGACCACACUGAGGCAGGACCUCCUCCGGCCCAGAAACUACAGAGUGUGUAUUGAGAAACCAAAGCAACGCACCAGCCCAGUGGGCCCUGCCAGCUACCCAGAGCCACCAGGGAGAUGAGGAAUGCGUCAGGGUUUCUGAAGACAGCCGGAGCACCACUUGUGUCAGCGACCUGGCUUCCGCCCAGCCCCCCUCCGGCAAUGCCCACAGUGGCAGCCGGGCCACUGAUGGAGCGCGUGGACAACGGCUCGCAGGGGGCCUCCCAGCUCUUCCUCACCAGCGCAUUGGCCCGAGGCGUUUCAGGCGUAUUUGUAUGGACUGCUCUGCUGCUAACCGGCCACCAGAUCUACUCCCACCUACGUUCCUACACCGCCCCGCGAGAGCAGCGAUUCGUAAUCCGCCUCCUAUUCAUUGUGCCCAUCUACGCCUUCGACUCAUGGCUCAGCCUCCUCCUCCUUGGGGGCCAUCCUUACUACGUCUACUUCGACUCUGUGCGAGACUGCUACGAAGCAUUUGUCAUCUACAGUUUCCUGACCUUGUGCUUCCAAUACCUGGGGGGCGAGAGCGCCAUCAUGGCUGAGAUCCGAGGCAAACCCAUUAGGUCCAGUUGCUUCUAUGGGACCUGCUGCCUCCGUGGUAUGUCCUACUCCAUCACGUUCUUACGCUUCUGCAAACAGGCCACACUUCAGUUCUGCAUUGUGAAACCCGUUAUGGCGUUGAUCACCAUCAUCCUCCAGGCUUUUGACAAAUACCAUGAUGGGGAUUUCAACAUCCACAGCGGCUACCUGUACGUGACCCUCGUCUACAAUGCCUCGGUUAGCCUGGCUCUCUACGCUCUGUUCCUUUUCUACUUCGCUACCAAGGACCUCCUGAGACCAUUUGAGCCGGUACUCAAGUUCCUCACCAUCAAAGCCAUCAUCUUCCUCUCCUUCUGGCAGGGGAUGCUGCUGGCCAUCUUGGAGAGGUGUGGGGUCAUCCCCGAGGUCCAGGCCGUGGACGGCACCAGGGUUGGGGCUGGUACCCUAGCCGCUGGCUAUCAGAAUUUCCUCAUCUGUAUUGAGAUGCUAUUUGCUUCCCUUGCACUGCGUUACGCCUUCCCCAGCCAGGUGUAUUCGGAGAAGAAGAACUCACCAGCCCCGCCAGCACCUAUGCAAAGCAUAUCCAGUGGCUUAAAGGAGACCAUCAGCCCACAAGACAUUGUCCAGGAUGCCAUUCACAACUUCUCACCGGCCUACCAGCAGUAUACCCAGCAGUCCACACAUGAAGCUCCUGGCCCCGGCCAGGGUGGGCACCCAUCGCCCAGCACCCACCCCGGCCCAGCCAGUGGCUCUGGAGGUGGUAAGAAGAGUCGCAACAUAGAGAAACGCAUGCUGAUUCCCUCAGAGGACCUGUAGGGGUGCGGGAUAUGUAGAACCUAGCUGAGGAUCCAGCUUGCCUGGGUUUCUGGGGUAAACGGGGUCCCUGCCUAUCAGCAUCUCUUGACAGAGGCCCAGCCUCUCCUGAGAGCCUCACAGUGAGUAAGACUCACGGGGCCUCUCUAUUCAAUGUACAGCCCAGAGUGAAGUCACCUGGGUGAAUUGAACCAACCCAAGGACCCAGUGGGAUGUCUUAGUUACAGCCUGUAGGUGGAGCUGUGGGUUAGGCAUUCCUUCCAUAGACAGAAGCGACAGGUGGUUAGAUCUUAUGCUGAGCAGUGACAGAGAGGGAUGGCCAGGCAGAGUGGGCCCAGUUACUGAGGGCUAGGGAGCCACAUAGCCUGGGCCUGGCUGAGGCUAUCUUGGGUGUGUGAAGAAGACCCCUUGCCCUUGCAUUCUAAUAUAGAAAAUUGGUGAGGCUCUCGCAGGGGCUGCCUAACCCAUUUAGCACAACAGAGUUGCCAAUGCGCCAGCCUGCCAGCUACUAGCUGCUUAUUUAUAGAUAAACACCUUGCAUUUUCUAGACUUUGUUGGGCUUUCUGUUUUUGUGGGGGCUUGUCUUCUGAGUGAUGGGUCUCUACAUGGUGGUUCACCCAGGCAUAUGCAGAGUAUGGGUGUCGGAAACAGCGAAGGCAGACAUCAUGAUGUGGCUCAGAGUGGUAGACGGCAAAGAAGGUGGACUUUGCCAUGAGAUGACCAGCUCUGUGCCACAAUGGGAGCUGGGGAAGUCACCUCCCCCUGAACUUGAGGUCAGCCCCACCCUAAAGUGGUUUAUGAAUCCCAUGGCACAGCCUAGCAUGCCUGGGUACAAGGACUCAAGCCUGGGAGCCCGCCUUCUCUCUUGUCUCUUCCUGUAUUCUAGAUCCAGUGCCCAGGGAGUCUGAGAUAGGCUCAGUAUCCCAGCUAGACUGGCCUUGGAAACACGGGGGACAAAGGCAGGCCAGGCAGACAACUAGACAGAAGUGUCACUUACCCAGGAACAGUAUCACUUGCCUAGUUGUCAGUUCCCACAGCCCACAACAUCAGACAAAGGGGGUGGAUGGGGGUGUUUCCCUGUCUUCUUAUUCUCAGGGGCCAGAGACAGGAGGAGGCAAGGCCAUUAGCUUCUCCCUGACCUUUCUGGGCUGAUAAGAUAGGCUCUAUUCCUUCCUGCACCUGCCUGUAAGAAGCCACCCACACCUACUUAUCUGCCUUCUAGGACUGGCAGGCACAGA